AUGGCUUGGAUGCAAAAGCUGGUGCAGGCUCUGAACAUUGUCAAUGGUUGGACUCCAUGCAUUUCAUCAAAAUGUGUUUUUGUUAAGUUCCUUGCUUGUUUGAGGGGGUUACGAGGUGAUGCGAGCGUAUUGGAUUGUUCAUUUGUGGCUUGUCAGGUUACAGAACUAUCUUUCUUUGCAUCAAAGGUUCGAUUAGGUCGUAGUGGAGUGGAGGAGGAGGAGGUUCUUCCUCUUGGACCGGAGAAUGAGUUUGAAAGCUCUGCAUCUUUGUUCCAGAAUCUUCAUUCUGCUGUUGAACACGAAACAAUAGAGGCUGAAUUUGUGCAAAUUGGUACUGCCACGAUUCCUAAAAAGUUCUUGACCUAUCGCACUCCGGCAGCCAUAAUGGUACCUAAGGAGAAAGGAUUUCAAGGUUCCCUUGAAACUCCAAUCAACAUGCCUUCAUGGCUCACAGAAGAAGAUAUAAACUACUUCGCUAGUAAAUUUGAAAAGUCAGGAUUUACUAGAGGAUUGAACUAUUAUCGGUGCAUGAACUUGAUUUGGGAACUGAUAGCACCUUGGGUUGGGGUCCAAUUAAAAGUGCCUACCAAAUUCAUUGUGGGUGAUCUUGACCGAGCAUAUCAUUCUCCAGGCAUCCAAGACUGCAUACACAAAGGUGGAUUCAAAAAUGUUGUUCCGUUGCUCGAGGACAUCGUGGUGAUGGAAGGGGUUGGGCACUUCAUCAACCAGGAGAAGCCCCAUGACAUAUCUGACCUCAUAUAUGAUUUCAUUAGCAAGUUUUAA